AUGUUAUAUUCAAGUGAUUAUUCACCUCAAUCUCUUGCUAUGGGUGAUUUUAAUAAUGAUAAUUUGAUGGAUAUCACUACUGCUAAUUAUAACAAUGAUAAUAUUGAUAUAUAUUUUGGUUAUGGAAAUGGUACUUUCUAUUUAAAUAACAUAACACUUGAAACUGGUUCACAAACGAAACCAUACGCAAUUGCUGUUGGUAUGUUCAAUAAUGAUACUUUCUUAGAUAUUAUUGUCGUUAAUUAUGGGAGUAAUAAUGUUGGAAUCUUUUUGGGAUAUGGUGAUGGUUCGUUUAUGGAUAUGAAAGUUUUUGCAAUUGGUUAUGGAUCCCUUCCAUUUUCUAUUCUUCCUGGUCAUUUUAAUAAUGAUCAAAUGUUGGAUUUUGUAGUGGCCAAUGAAGGAACUGAUAAUUUAAAGAUUUUCUUACAAACGUGUUAA